CGGGACCCGCGCAUCGGCGGCGACACCGGCACCGGCAGCGCGUCCCUCCUGCUCCGCGCCCAACCCGAGAGGAAAUCAUGGUUAUGCUGAAGAUUUCAUCUUUCCUUGCUGUUUAUGCCUUGGUUGUGUGCCAGAUGGACAGCUUCCAGGCAGCCCCAGUCAGACCUGGCCUGGAGUCCCUCACGGAGCGGGUGGCUCUCAGUGAUUACGAAGCCCGGCGGUUGUUAAAUGCGCUGGUGAAAGAGUUCAUACAGAUGACAGCAGAGGAGCUGGAGCAAGCCUCCGAGGGGAACAGCAGUGUGACAGCACAGAAGAGGGCCUGCAACACAGCCACCUGCGUGACCCACCGCCUGGCAGACUUCCUGAGCAGGUCAGGGGCCGUGGGCAAGAACAACUUCGUGCCAACCAACGUGGGCUCCAAGGCCUUCGGCCGGCGGAGGAGAAGCGUCCAGAUGUGAGGAGCUGAAUGGUGAACACGGUUGCAAUGAAACUGAAAACUCGACUUUAAUUUCUAAUGGAAGCAACUCUUCUUCAUAAACCAAGACCACCAAAAAGAUUAAUUUUUCAUCCUACUAUUGAAAAUGUUUUAUUUAAUACAAAUGAAAACACUUCUGUUAUGUAUAGUAAAAGAGAAUCUAGUUAUUAAAGUUAAAUUAUUGUAUAUUCUUUUUAUAUGCAACUCUAUUUCAAAUAAAAUGUGACGGCAUCUAUUAUUUAU